AUGGAAGAUGAUCCAAAACCCGCGGGAGAAAUCAAAAUUGAAUCGUAUAGUCUUUACUUCAAGGGUUUGGUUAGCGAGGAAACCACAGAGCUAUUAGCGGGAUUUGCGGUUGCAAUUUGCGACAAAGAUGAUAAUCUCUUGUUUCAGAUGAAAGAACAAGUUCAUGAUUCUAGGGUUGUUACACUUAUGGAGGUUGAGCUUAUGGCAUUGAAGCGUGGACUAACCGAAGUUGUGCGUUUAGGGAUCGAUCAUAUCUCCAUUUACUGCGAUCAUUAUCAGAUUUUUGAAUUGGUCAUGGAGAGAUCUGUUUCUGAGCAAGAGAACAUCCUUAUGUUAAUGGACGAUGUGCAACGUAUUAGAAAACGUUUAACAUCUAGCGUUCCUGUUCUGGUCAUGACUAGGAAUCAAAUUGAAUUUGUAUAUGAACUUGCAAUGGAAACAAUAGUUUCUGAAAUCCGCAUAGAUAUGCCUGAUCAUAACAAGACUUGUAGUAUCUGUUCCGGUGACAAUAUCGAACCUGAGCAGAUAUUUUCCGUUGCUUUAUGUGGUCAUGAAUUCUGUAUGGAGUGCGUGAAACAACAUAUAGAAGUGAAGCUACUCUCGGGAGGUGUACCGAGAUGUCUUCAUUAUCAAUGCGAGUCUAACCUUACUCUUGGAAGUUGUGGAAAUAUUUUGACAUCUAAACUAAAAGCAAUGUGGGAACUAAGGAUCGAAGAGGAAUCUAUUCCUGUGGCGGAGAGAGUUUAUUGCCCAAACCCUCUGUGCUCGAGUUUAAUGUCGGUAACCAAGCUCUCAAACUCAACAAGAGAAGAUGUAACUAUGAGAACCUGUGUCAAAUGCGGUGAACCCUUUUGUAUCAACUGCAAACUUCCGUGGCAUAGCAACUUGUCGUGCAACGAUUACAAGAGCUUGGGUCCAAAUCCUACAGCAGAUAUAUAA